CCACUGCAAACAAACAUUCAAGCACCGAACAACGAGUUGUACACAGCCCCCGUACUGUCAUCGAUGUCAACAAAAAGAAUGUGUGUGUGAUUCGGGGUGAGAAAUUCUGAAAAAGUUUUCACAUUUGUAAUCGUUUGGGACAAAUUAAGACAAUUCAUCAAAUUCAACGCACCGAAGCUAUUCUGCCCACUCUUACAACCGUGAUGGCUGCGGUGGCCGAGUUCAACAGUUGGCUCAGCUCCAAGCUGCGUGCUUCGAAGGCGGACGUGAGCGUAUUCGGAUCCUACAUUACCGGUAUCCUGGAGGGCGAUGAAAACAACGAGGAAAAAGUGGAAGCUUUGGAGGGCAUCCUGAGCGCAAUUAUUGAAACGGAUCUGGAACACUUCAUCAAAGAGAUACUCGACAAGUGGAAAAAUUGCCACAGCCAGGACGCGGAAGCUUCUAAGCCAAAGCUGGACGUCGAGGUUCAGCUAGCGAAACUGCUGGAAGGACAAAAGCUAGCUACAAAAGUGGAACGCGAAUACACCGAGGAGGAACGACGAAUCAAGGAACAGAUUCUGUCGCAAUACAGCCAGGUAGUACUCUCUGAAAGUGAACCAGACGAAGAGGACGAAGAAGGCGGUGGGGCAACCAGUUCCGACCCCAAGUUAGUGAAAAAUACUAACUUUGCCGAUGUGCAAGCGCUCGCGCGGGAGAAACGCGAGCAGGCCAAACUAGAAAGCCAACUGAAAAAGGAAAAGGAUAAACAGGAUCGGGAAAAGCAGCGACAGCUGCGCGAGGAAAAGAAAGAAAAACGGAAGACCGUCAAAGGCGAACGGCGGCGGUAGCGCCCUUUCGAGGUGCGUAGGAAUGUCCUAACGGGCGGUUCCGUUUUGUUUCAAUUGCGGGAUUUCUCAUCUACUGUGCAUCUGCAAACUGCAUUACGUGGUGAUCUACUAGCAGCGCCAAAAAUCCCUACCCGACGUGCUCUAAAUUACAAUUCCAUCCUACAGACGAGAGUAAAAGAACGCAUAGCCGAGCGAUGCAUGUAAAAAAUAUAGCUAUCGAAAAUGUUGUAUGGAAGAAAACG